AUGCACCUCUUUCGACAUCCAUCCGAUCAACCAGAUUCUCGUGGACGUUAUCAUAUUAAUGCUGAUCAAAUAGCAUUUCUUUAUAAAACAAUUCAUGAUAAACUGAGUGAAAGUUUCUGGGAUCCAAAAACAAAUCAUGAAAUCUGCUUGGAUGCAAUGAAAACUAUCCGAGAGACGCAUAUUUCCAAAAAAACUGGUCGUUUUCUACUUAAUUUUACAGCCAUAGUCCGAGAAGUUUACAGCCAUGCUAAUUAUAACACAAAAGAACUGUUUGAUGAAGAUAGGCAAUUGAUUCGAUUACAAUAUUGGAAAGAAAUACAUCAGCUGUUUGAUGUGAUAAUACGUAAAGCUGAUCAUGUUUGGCAACAUGCUGAAGAAGAAAAAAUGGCACUCUUACUACAAUUCGCUUCAUUGCAAUCAUUGUACAAAGACGUAGCGGAAAUCGAUAUCAUAAGCAUAAUUUACGAAAAAGCGGUCGUCAUGAUGCACGAAACAAAUCCCAAGACUCGUAUGGUUGAAAGCGAUGUGUUAUAUGAUUACUUUGAUCAAAUCCAAUUAGCGUAUCGACUGCGGAAUGUAUCUAGCAGUAAGGCUAUAUGCACUACGCAAACUUCAUCAUCAACUUAUCGGCGACGGAUGUCUGUCAAUGGAACAACGCCCAUACCAGAGUUAGAAUCUACAGAAACCAAGACUUCUGAAGGAAGCGAUGAUCAAAAGUCGCGAACAAGCUUGAAAACUGAUUUGGAAGCCUUCUAUGAUAAAAUGCAACACGAAGAAGAAAUUGGGAAAAAAACAAAAAGAAAAGGAUCAAUAUUUAGCAUUUCUUCAUCGCGUAGUGGAUCCCGAUCUCGAGCUUCUUCAGAAAUUACUGAUGAAGUCAAAAACGUUCCAACAUUACCACCAUCCAGUCUACUGUCAGCGUCAAAUUCAAGUAUUGUCGUUAAUCAGAAAGAAGAAUCUCAUAAUGACCAACCAAUUAUCGAAAUUUGUGUCCCAUCUUCAACAGCUUCGCCAAAAGAUGAAAGAGAUGAUAUAGAAUAUGAACAAACAAUAAGAGAACCUUCUAACUUAGCCAUGAAAAUCAACUCGAUCCUCAAAAACCUCAAAACUGUUCCCGACGAAGCCUCAGAAGAAUCUGCCUCACCUCGAGUCUUCGAAAAGUAUGAUUACCGUGCUGAUUUCGAGAGGCGAAUGCAACUUGUUUCUCAGCCAAAAGCGGUACCGACAGAUAUACCGCUCAUUGUAAGUAAACCCAAGGAGAAAGACUUGAUCAAAGUCUAUCGAAGAAAACCUCUUUUCGAUGAAAUUCGCGAUUCCGAAACAGCAGAUGAGAAAGCUCGGUCAAAGAGUUUGGGAAAUGAAGUUCCCAUCUCUGCCGAAGCAAAAAGAAGUAUGUACUUUCGUUCUGAAUCCAGAGACGCUCCCCCUAAACCACGACGAACAUUCACAGAAGAUUUCAGAGAAUUCAACUCAUAA